UAUAAGUUAAUUAUUUCAGUCAUAUGUCGAACUUUCCGACAUACGGGAAUACGAAAAUGACUUUAUUCGAUCAAUUUUCCUACAAAUUCUAAUUUGCAGACAAGUUGUAUCAACCGUAAUAUUCAGUAAUACAGUUUUUUGGGUCAAAAAUGGAAUUUAAUUGUCGAUUAUAUCUGCUAUCCAUGUUGUUCAUAUUGGAUGGAUUUUCUGCACAGUCAACAGACACAGACUGGUUUAAUUAUUUUCUGAAAACAGGAACAUCAUGUAAGAUCAAUACAUGUCGUCAAAAUGAUCCAGUCUGCGAAUGCUAUCUGAGUAUAGAAAUCGACUUAUCAAUGUUGUACAAAGGGGCCGGAUCACCGGCGAUUUUGUUGAAACCACAAAAUGGUGCGGCUGUUAAUUUCAAUACUGGUGCAGAAUUCGAAAAAAAAAUUGAGGACAGUUUUAUUUUAGCGGAUGGAUUCAACUCACAGCAAGUUAUUUCUAUAAACGGAAGAUUUCCUGGACCAGUUAUCACUGCAUAUGAAAAUCAAAACAUGAUCGUCCACGUUAGGAACUUGAUGCAUACUGAUAGUUUGACUAUUCAUUGGCAUGGAAUUCACCAAAGAUCGACCCCUGAAGCGGAUGGUGUAGCGUUUUUAACACAGUACCCAUUAUUACCAGGCCAGAGCCAAACAUACAAAUUUAAAGCAUUUCCAUUUGGAACCCAUCUUUACCAUGCACAUAUUGGCGACCAAAGGACAAUGGGACUAUAUGGGCCAUUUAUAAUUAUUCCAAAGGGCCACGAAAAGGUGUCACGACCACAAGAAGGAAAACAUGUUUUUGUAGCAAUCUUGCAAGACUGGAAUCACGACGACAGUUCUGAAGUAUUAUAUCAAAAAAUGUUGUGGGGUGAUUACGACCGAGAGACAGGAAAAGCAUAUACAGAGACUCUUGAUCCAUCUGGUGCAAAAUAUAGUCGAUUCCGAUUCCAUUCUGGUUUAAUUAAUGGCCGUGGACGUUAUUAUUCAUCGUCUACUGUAAACAAUGAAGCUCCACUGUAUAGAUUUAUUGUCGAACAGCAUCAAAAAUAUAGAUUUAGGGUGAUAAGUGCUGCCACUUUAUAUCCAUUCCGCGUAUUUGUAGAGAAACAUCGUCAACUAUAUAUUGUAGCCUCAGAUGGAAGAGAAAUCCAGGAAGAAGCGACUGAGUCAUUUAUAAUUCAUCCUGGAGAAAGAAUAGACUUUAUGUUAUAUACCGAUAACGUUCCUGGUACAUAUUUACUUGUCGCUGAGUCUUUAGAAAAUGGACUGGAACAGAGAAAUGAAUACCAUGCAGCCGAAGCUAUAAUGUUUUACAAGACGUCUCCUACGAAGAUAGAUUUAAAUCCAUCAAAGGCGGAUAAUAAUGACUGCAUUCUUGAUGCUUGCAGAGUUUUCAAUUGUCCUUUUGAAUAUUUUCCAGUGCAGGAAAAUCGGUAUUGCUUUACUUUUAACGAUGUGCCAUCGAAUGAUCCAAACUCGAAGACAGACGAGGUUGAAGGUGAUGCAACAGAACUAUUCUUUAAUUUUGGAUUUCCCGGUGUAAACGGAUAUACACCCGGUUCCGUGAACGGUCACAAAUUUCGUCCUCCGGUCGUAAAUGCAUAUACAGAGCCAAAUAAAGUAGACUACAACUGCCGAUAUUGCAACGCAUCCAAUAUUUGUGAAUGCACGUAUUCAAAAACGAUAGGCCGUCCCAAUAAAAACAAUAUAUAUCAAUUUGUUCUUACAAAUAUUGGCAAUGGUGCCGGAUGGUCACAUCCAAUACAUUUACAUGGACAUUCGUUUUACAUUAUGAAAAUAGGAUUUGGUAAAUAUGACAAAACUACUGGUAAUAUUAUCUCAAACGGGGGACAGGACACAAUUGAUAUAAUUUGCAACGAUAAAAGCGGAUAUUGUAACGAUGCAAAAUGGAGAAAUGAAUCGUGGUCGGAAGGGAAACACCCUGACUUGAAUUGGAAGGAUCCUCCACAAAAAGAUACAAUAAUUGUACCAACCGGAAGUUACGUUAUCAUCAGGUUUAAGGCCGAUAAUCCAGGUGUUUGGUUCUUCCAUUGCCACAUUGACUUGCACAAUACGAAUGGGAUGGGAAUGAUCAUAAAUGAAUUACCGGAGCUUCAGAGAAAUACUGAUGAAGGUGCAACAAACAACUGUAAACGAGAUAGGAUAAUAAUGAUAAUUUUCGUAGUUCUAACAUCUGUUUUAGUAGUUAUAUUGAUGACACUAUUUACUUGCAUUUGCUGUCCUCGUAGCCGAAGCUGCUUUGACUGCAUAAAAAGAGGAGAUUAUCGGGAAUUUUGAACAACAGGAGACGGAAGGGAACGCUUUUAAUUUGGUAUAACAAACAGAAUAACUGUAUAAAGUAAAAUAAUAUCAUGAAUAAAGAAGAUGCAUGGAGUAUUUUGUUAAUGUGAAUGAUUAACAAUCAAAAAUUAUAUAGAAAAGGCAACACAAGGUGAACUUAAGGACAAUGAAAACACUACUAUAUCAUUAAUUACACUCAAAUUAGCAGGGAUCUAAUACUUUUAAGUGUAGAAGUACAUGGUAAAUCAUAAAGACUUACGUACGUACGGGCACUGCCUUAACAUUUUCUGGCUUUUUGUUAUUGUAAAAUGUCAUUGCGGAAAAUAUUAAUUAAGAUGGCUUGUUUCUACAAAUGCUGAUCAAUUUUAGACCGGGUUUGACGAAGUCCAACGGUUUGUACCACAAUGUACUAAAUGAUGAUUGAUUGAGAAAAGUGGCAACCUAAUUCGUGAGAUUAAAUCCUCUCCCAGUUUUCAAACGUGAUGCACAUAAAGAUUGCAAUUAUGUUAAAGACGUUCCCUGGCUGUUGGAGAUUUGUUUUUGUUGAUUUUUUUUUAUAUUAUGGAACUUAGUAAUUGUUUAAAAAACUUACAAAGGAUGAAACCAGUAUUAUCUUUUAAACCUAACAAAAAGUUUGCAAAUAUUUGUAAGUUGUGGUCCUGUUCUUAUGGGAUUGUAUACAAAUGAAAACAACACUGUGUAAAUGUCUGAAGAGCGUUUUUGGAUUUACCUGGUCUUCAUUUCACAACAAAUCAUCCGCUUAAACUUGACCGUAAGUCAUAAAAAAGUCAGCAUUUAGUUAUAAGAUGUUUGUGAAACCUUAGUCUGAUAUCUAAAGGAAACUAUUUGAAAGCCAAGGAUGUUAAAGAAGCGACAUACGUAAAGAGCUGUGUGACUUAAAGGACAUAAUUUGAAGACUUAUUUACCAUAUCUUAAGUCCUGAGAACUUCUUCAUUUUUUUCAAUUUUUUGUGUUUUAAUCUUUUGAAAGUUCAGGAAGUUUGCGAAAAUAUUGGGUUGAACAUCUUCUUUCCUGGAGGUUAAAAAGAAGCAAUUUUCAAUUUUCACAUAGAAAUAAUGGACAUUGACAAUUCUACAUAGUUUUAUAAAUAUUCUAUAUCUUUUAAAUGGUAACAUUGACAACUAUCGAUAAAUAGAAAUAAGUUUUACAGGUAUCAUGUGAUAAACUAUAACGUUUUUCGUUUGGAAUUUGAACAAGAAAUUUAAACAUAACAGGAGAAAGUUUGCAAAAAGAAUGAGGUUGUGUACCUUUAAUCUUUGGCUUGAUUUAGAUCUUUUCUUACAUCUAUAUUCAAAGAUUUAAAUGUUCAGUAUUGACCAUGGUCCAUUGUUCAAUAAACAUUCUACCAAACCCUUCAAUUUAAGUCUUUGGUUGAUUUUAAUAGAAACUUUUUAAGUAAGACAAGAUUUACAGAUAUCUAGUGACUACGUUUCUUUUCAUUACGCGGUUAGUAUUUAUUGACAAAAAUAAGUCGUUUGACCUGCUUCUGCUGACCUUGGAAAAAUAAUAAUCUGAUUCUCCAUUUACUAAAUUUUUAACUUUCACUCUAUAGGAAGCUCAUAAUUAUAUAUUAUUUAAGAAAAAAAACUUCUAAUCAGCAUCUCAUUUUAUUCAAAAGCAAGCAUAUGUAAUCAAAUUUAGGCAUUUCAUUCAUUUUAUUGCUAAUUAUUGUGACAUUGCAAAUAUAGGUGGUAUGCGGCUCUGUUGAUUCAUAGCAAUUGUUUUAAUAAAAAAAAUUAUACUCA